GAGCAGAUGCGGCAGCUCAAGGAGACAGCGGCUCAGGUGUCUGCUGCGAGGGGGAACAUACUGCAGGCAGUGAGAGAGGUCCUCGGAGACCACGGCGUCCAAGAGGAGAAGAGAGAGGAAAUUCUGCAGUUGACCCAGGCGGCAAUUAAGAAGGUGCUUGAAAACUACCACCAGAUGCCUGACUGGGCUCUGGAAGCCAUAGGCGCCGCCAUUGACAAGGAGAGGACAUCCAAGACUUAUGGUGGGCAAGGCAAGAAGACCUGGUGGCUUCCGCCAUUCGGCUUUUCUUCUGCAAACCCUCCAGAGACAAUCUUGCAGCCCCGUAUUGCCCCUGGCGACUGCUGGCCUUUCCAAGGAUCUCGGGGCCACGUGGUCAUCCGGCUGCCUGAGCAAAUCUGGCCAACGGCUUUCACCAUCUGGCACAUCUCCGCGGCAGUCUCUCCUUCCGGGGAAGUCAGCAGCGCCCCCAAAGAGUUUGCUGUCUCCGGAGUGGAUGAGGCAACGGCAGAAACUCUCCUGGGGACAUUCAUCUACGACGUGCACAAGGAGAUCGCUCAGACGUUCCAUGUGCAGAAGGAGCUUCCCAGGACCUUCCGCUACAUCAAAUUCCGGGUGCAGAGCAACUGGGGAAACCCGGAGUACACCUGUGUGUACCGAGUACAGGUUCACGGGAAGACGGCGAGCCCCAACGACCACCCGCAGGCCCAAGAGCUUCUUUUGGAAGAAGAAUAAAACAAAGAUGAUG